CUCACCCAUUGUAAAAGUUACAGUGCUUUUCCGUAUUUAAUUACUUGGGGGAACUCCAGAAAGCCUCCCAGCAUCAGAGGAGGAAAUAAAAGGCAAGGAAAAGAGCCAGUCCACCCACACUGAGCAGCAAGAGCAGGAGACAAGCCUGGACAAUGGCCUCAGAGAUCCACAUGCCAGAACCCAUGUGCCUCAUAGGGAAUGUGAACGGCCAGCUGAUAGCCAACCAGGAGGCCCUGGGGAUCCUGUCUGCCAUCAAGCAGCCUGUGGUGGUGGUGGCCAUCGUGGGCCUCUACCGCACGGGCAAAUCCUACCUGAUGAACAAGCUGGCUGGGAAGAAAACAGGCUUCUCUCUGGGCUCCACUGUGCAGUCUCACACCAAAGGAAUCUGGAUGUGGUGUGUGCCCCAUCCCCAGAGGUCAGACCGCACUCUAGUUCUGCUUGACACGGAGGGCCUGGGAGACGUCGAGAAAGGUGACAACCAGAAUGACUGCUGGAUCUUUGCCCUGGCAAUACUUCUGAGCAGUACCUUUGUGUACAAUAGCAUGGGAACCAUCAACCAGCAGGCCCUGGACCAACUGCACUAUGUGACCGAGCUGACGGAGAAAAUCAGAACAAGAUCCUCCCCUGACCAGAAUGAGGUGGCUGAUGACUCAGCUGAAUUUGUGGGUUUCUUCCCUGACUUCGUGUGGACUCUGAGAGACUUCUCCCUGGAGCUGAACGUAGACGGGAAAUCUGUGUCAGCAGAUGAGUACCUAGAGAAUUCCUUGAAGCUGAUUUCAGGUAACAGCCAAAAAGAAAAAAAGCUGAAUCUUCCCCGGCUCUGUAUCCGUAAGUUCUUCCCAAAGAAGAAAUGCUUUGUGUUUGAGCGGCCAGCAUCUGGAAAGAAGCUUAAGAGACUGGAUUCACUGCAGGAUGGUGACCUGGAUUCCGACUUCCUGGAACAAGUGGCAGAGUUCUGUUCUUACAUCUUCACCUGUUCCAAGACUAAAACUCUUUCCGGAGGCAUCAAGGUCAACGGACCCCGACUACAGAGCCUGGUGGAGACCUACGUCAAUGCCAUCAGCAGUGGGGAACUGCCCUGUAUGGAGAAUGCAGUCCUGGCUUUGUCUCAGAUAGAAAACGCAGCUGCAGUGCAAAAGGCCAUUGCCUACUAUGACCAGCAGAUGGGCCAGAAGGUGCAGCUGCCCACAGAAACCCUCCAGGAGCUGCUGGACCUGCACAGGACCUGUGAGAAAGAAGCCAUCGAGAUCUUCAUUAAAAAUUCCUUCAAAGAUAUUGACCAAGUGUUUCAAAAGGAACUAGGGACCAAGCUAGAAAUAAAGAGAGAAGAAUUCUACCAAAAGAAUCUACAGGCAUCCUCAGACCGUUGCUCAGCUCUGCUCCGGGAGAUUUUCAGACCACUAGAGGAAGAUGUGAAGCAGGGCAUUUAUUCCAAACCAGGGGGCUAUCGUCUUUUUAUUCAGGAGAUGCAAGAGUUGAAGAAAGAGUACUAUAAGGAACCCAGGAAGGGGAUUCAGGCAGAAGAAGCUCUGCAGAAGUUUUUACAGUCCAAGGAAGAUUUGACUGAUGCAAUUCUGCAGACAGACCAGAGUCUCACAGAAAAGGAGAAAGAGAUUGAAGUGGAACGUGUGAAGGCUGAAGCUGCACAAGCUACAGCAAAACUGCUAGAGGAAAUGCAAAAGAAGAAUGAGCAGUUGAUGAAAGAGAAAGAGAAGAGCUACCAGGAACAUGUGAAGCAGUUGACUGAGAAGAUGGAGAAGGAGCAGGCCCAGCUAAGGAAAGAGCAAGCAAGGAUCAUUGAGCACAAACUUCAGGAACAGGCCCGACUGCUAAAUGAGGGAUUCCAAAAGGAGAGCAGGAGACUUCAAGAUGAGAUAAACAAUCUCCAGAGACGGAAGACAAGAGGACCCAAAUGCGUCAUAAGCUGAACACCUAAAGAAUAGAGAUGUCCUGUCAAUCUUUUUCUUAUUUCAUUUUAUGUGUAUGAGUGUAUUGCCUGUGUGUAUAUAAGUGCAUCUGUGUUGUGCAAUGUCCAUGGAGGCCGGAAGAGGGCAUCAGAUCCCCUGGAACUGGAGUUAUGGAUGCUUUGUAGCCACCAUGUGGGUGCUGAGAGUUGGACUCAGGUCCUCUGCAAGAGCAGCCAGUGCGCUUAACCACUGAGCCAUCUCUCCAGCCCCUGUCCUGUCAUUCUUUAUUCAGAGCUAAUAGAGUUUAGAAUUUGGAACAAGUGUCACUCCAGUUGAUAAUGACUGGGUCCUGCAUCAGAAUACUAGAACCUGCAAAGGCAUGUGAUGCAAUCAUUGAAAUCAUAUGUAUCUUCCUUAAAAGAAUGUACAACAAGGUCAUCCGUGACAUCUCUAUCAUUAGGAGGUGUAUCAACAGCAGCACUCAGUAGAAAGUUAUUUUUCCAGAUGAGUACCAGGAGACAGAUGGCCAUAGCACGGUGUUACAUAUAUAAAUAGAAUUAAGAACCAAGCUGGUCAAGUGUGCAAUGGGUCUCAGGAGCAGGAACCACCAUCCCCAUUUCUCACUGAAGACAAUGUACAGUUCUCCAUUAUAUCAAAAUUGCUCAUCUUCUGAGAAAUGGUGUGAUUUGUGAACACUGUCAAUAGAUAACCCUCACCAAUAUGCUCCAUUGUAAAGCAAGACACCUGUGUAGAGAUCCAGACUCCACAGUCUCCAAAGAGGAUGGAAGAAACCAUUAACAGGACAAGAAGCUGGAUCCCAAAUAAAUGAGCUAAAGGAAACAUUCCCUCUUGUUUAUCUAGAUUGUAACUGUAAUGGACGCUUCCAAACUUUAGAUUAUACAGUAACACAAUGACAGUUACCCAUGAUGUACAGUGAUGUGUAAUUUGAAAGAUGGACUUUAAAUGUUAGAAAACAAAGCUACUUUGAUGAUGUGUCUGUAAUCAUAAACUUAUACUCUUUUCCUGCUAUUAGGAGAUAUAUUUUAAAUCCUGUUGAUUUUCCCCAAAGAGAGUGUAGAUUCUUUUUUCCAUAUUUUGACCAAUAAAAUUUUUCUCUGAUUA